AGCCAGCAGUUGUCAGCUGCACAAUGGCAACGUUGGUUUGUGCUUGCUCGUUCUGCUGCCGCCGUCGUUUCUGAGCGGUGGGCCGGCCCAAACGUUGGACCGUCCGUUGCGCGGAUAUACCACGCGAGUCUCUCUCCUCUCGCGCACGCUCUCUCUUUCUUUCUUUCCAUCUCUCUCUCUCUCUCUCUCUCUGUCGUUAGUCUCAUCCCCGAGAGACAAGUCUCGACGGUCCGCGUUUCGGAAACGAAAGCAGCGAACCGACGCGUCGCGUCUCGACGUGACGUAGCAGCCGACGAGAAGUGAGCCAAGAAGAAAAAGAAGAAGAAGAAGAAGAGGAGGACUCCGGGACAGAUCGCAGCCGAUCGCGCUCGAUCACAGCCUCCCCCUCCCGCCCGCGGACGUCCAUCGUCUUAACCAACCUACCAACCCACCGAUUCAGGAACGACGGACGUACGGCGACAACUACGAAGGAUAACGAAGCGAAGGAUCAACUCUCGAGAGCGACCGACUGAUAACCCACGAAGAUCUCUCUCCGUCCAAGGACCCGGCGCAGCGAUACUGCGAAACUACGACACUGCGCGGGUCAUCAAACAAAAGCACAAGUGAUAUUUCUAAUAGUUAACGCUUAGUUUAGAGCUUAGAGGAGCCGAAACCGACACGCGAAGCCCGGCUCAUUGUACAUACAAAUGUCGAAUACUCGAUCGACGAUAACAGCCAGUGCCAGAUCCAAGUGACGCGUGGUGUGUGUUCAACGCGUCUCACUCUAAUCCCGCGAUUGCCUGGAUCAGGACACCGGUGACAAGGACAGCCGAGGUAACGGCUAUACGUCGAGUGACACACCGGGUGGUGUGUAUGUGCGUGCGUGCGUGCGUGUACGUGCGUAUCCGUGUGUGCGCGCAACAUGAGAGCGGCCAGGAAUCUACUACAUCUGCAAGUACCGACCCGCACCAACAACAAUGGCAAGUUCCAGGUCGGUCCUAACGGCAAUCAGGACGUCGUCCACCAGCAGCCGUCGCCACAGCAACAGCAGCCGACCAACGACGAGAGUAACACGGUGGUGCCGACGAGCUGUGUUUUCUCGAGCUGCGAGUCAGUGCCCACCGACCUUCACGGGGGCCCGACCUUACUGGGGGAUCGAUUCCUGCUUCUUGGUCCGGCCGAGGGUAGCGCUCUUUAUCGCUGCCUCGACGUACACAAUGGCCAGCAACUCGUUGCCAAGGCGCUGACCGUGGGCGACAAAGGUUGCGAGGCGUUGCUGCAGGCCCACCUUCGUCUGGAGGGCACCGGCGCGGCGAGCGGCGUGGCUGGCGUGGUAGAGGCACCUGGAGGCCGGCGCUAUCUCCUCUUAGAGGGCCAUCACGGUGACCUGCACGCCUACGUAAGGGCACGCAGGAGGCUGCGCGAGCCCGAGGCGAGGCGGCUCUUCCGGCAGGCGGCCAGGGCCGUGGCGACGUGUCACGAAUACGGGGUCGUGCUGAGGGACCUCAAGCUUCGGAAGUUUGUCUUUGCCGACGAAGCGAGAACGCGGCUACGCCUGGAGAGCCUCGAGGACGCGGUGAUCGUGGAGAACGACGACGACAAGCUGACCGACCGGCGCGGCUGUCCGGCGUAUGUCGCGCCGGAAGUGCUGCGCUCUGGACGCGCCUAUUCCGGCAAGGCGGCGGACAUCUGGUCGCUGGGCGUGCUGCUGUACACGAUGCUGGUGGGCCGUUAUCCGUUCAAUGACGCCGAGCACGCGUCCCUCUUCGCCAAGAUCUCGCGCGGCCUGUUCGCCGUGCCGGAGGGCCUGAGCCCGCGCGCCAAGUGCCUGAUCCGCUCGCUGCUACGAAAGGAGCCGUCCGAGCGACCGUGCGCCGAGGACGUGUCGCUGCACCCGUGGCUGUCGAAGCCGCUGCGGCUGUACACGCCUACGUCCGGCAACAGGUCCUCGUGCCAGGACCAAGUCGUACCAGAGCUAUCUAUUACUCCUCAACAAGACUGACUCUCUCUCUUUCGGGGGAAGGAUCAUUAUUCCGCGCAUGACGGCAUCAUCACCACCACUCUCUCUCAUCCUAGUGCUUCUCUCGCGCCGAUAGCCGGAUGGAGUCCUCCGGCCGAGAGGGGGGAGUUGGCGCAAUCAAAAGAAGAAGGAGGACGAAACGACGUGUUUCUUUUAACACAUUGGCUGUACGAUUGGCCGUAGAGAAUAAGUUCGAAACCAUCUUAUAUCGUAUAUUAGAAUGUUUGAAAGACACUAAUAUACGCAUAGUCGAAUAAAAUACUAUUCAACUAUUCUCAAACUAUUGUUAAAAGAGAGCAAUAUUUAGUAAGAAACAACUUAUCUACAAAAGAUUCGCGGAUUGAGAAAUAUAUAUAUAUAUAUAUCCCGACAGUCAAUGUGUUAAUGGCAGCUGAAUCUACACGCUUCGCUCACACAAGUUCGAGUCGCGCAGUCUCCAAAACUUGGAAAAUUCAAAAGAUCGACAUCAAUUCUUGCGUCGCGGAGACGCGCGGCUAAAUACGGUUAUUAAGAAUGUUGGAUCCUCUUUUUCGUCGGCGAGGAAUACGGCCUAGAGUAAGAAGAUAGGGCGUACUAACAUGGGACGCGAGUAAUCGUUCUCGAAAGAACUUUUACUGUAAGCUGGAGAGUAACCAAAGUCUAUUAUCCUGAACACAAUGCCCUGGAUUAUUUUCUACGUUGUAAUCUGCGAGUUGAACGGUUGAAGUUGAAAACAUGAAUAAGAUGAUAUUACGUCUCAUUAAAUUUUUAUAAAGAUAAGCUUACUCUAGUCUAGAGACAACUCGCGGGAGCGAACAGCGGGAGUAAUCGAGGGAAUCCUCUGUAAAAUAGCGUCUCGAUUUUGGUCAUUCUCUGGCAAUUUCGGAGGCAACGUGACGCAAGUGAUUAGUCUCUAAAAAGAAGUCUAUCGGCUAUACAUAGAAUCCUAGAUUCAAGAAACAUUGCCAUUACCGGUCCAAGAAACAUUUCGCCUUGCUGCGUACAGAUAUAUUCGCGUGCGUGCGUGCGUGCGUGCACACGCGAAUCCCUUGUGAUAGAAUCUGAAGCGACAGAUUCUGAGCAACAUAUGUGAUACGAAAUAUACAGGUUGUUUCAUAAAGCGAUUAUGCGGUUACUUGCGAUCAUCUGUCUCUGAAGUCCAUGUACAUUAAUUAUUAUAAACGAUCGAAUUCGAUGUUUGUAUUGUGCGUUAGACACACAUCCGAUAUACAUCCUCGACUUUCUCGAUAUUUCAUGUUGCGAAUCUAUACGGGAUGGUUUUUCACGCUAUACCGACGAAUCCGCUGUAGACACGAAUAAACAGCUGUAUAAACACAAGGGACGUGGAACCUAAUGUUAAUUCGAGUACAACCAGUGAGCUUUGUAUAGUAUAUAGUAUAUAGUAUAAAGCGAUGAAUAUACAUAUAUAAAUGGGAUCAGAGAUUGAAUCGGAUUCAAAGUUGAAAACUCACGCAGUCAAAAGAGAAAAUGUAAAUAAUUCGGUAAGAAAAUAAAUCAUCUAAUGACGACUAAAUGUUACUACAGCAGACCGAAUAAAUUUAAUAAAUGAGUUUCUAAUCUAUAAAAUCCGAUUCAUUCUUUCUGCACACCCUGUCAUCAUUAUAUCACGGAGUCAAUCAAAUGUAUACUAAGCGGACAUCGAAGGAAGGGAUAUUUCUCGUUUAAACACUAUAAACGAUUACAUUCUCCGACCUAAAAACAUUGUCCAAAAAGUUCAAGACUGCUUGGACAUGUGGCCUAUAAUUAAUUUUAUUAGAAAAAAAAAACGCAAAUACGUUGAAUCGUGAAUUUCUAACUUAAGAACAAUAAAAGAAUACGCUUCUGGAUUACUCGCACGACAGAGAGUAUCCAUGAAAAUAUAAAUGUGUUCAUCGAUGGCAAUGUUUUCAGGUAGAGUGAAACCCUCUAGUGUGAAUCAAAGACAAGAUUUAUUCUCCUCUGACUCAGACCUCUAAUGUCAUCGCUUGCGCGAUAUAUGUACUUACAGCUCACUAGGUUUCUAUUUUCAAAGCGUACGAAUUGAACAAUUGAUGUUUUUGUAUCAGUUUGGACACAUGAGGCUGUACGUCCCAUUUUGAGGAUUUUUCUCUUGAAUAAAAGAUUCCGAUUGAUAUAAAACUAUAAAUAACCCUCGUUGGCUAUUUUCAAUAGAGACUUUUUAUCAUCGCAAGUCAAUUAUAAGAAUAAAAUUUCAAGACAGACGUUGAGAUUCUCAUUUACAUUAAUCCCAGAAUAGUGUGAUAUUUUAAUGAAGUCAUUUUUUCCUCUUCGUAUUAUGGUAGAGUUUAUUCAUGUUGGUCUGCAACAAUGUUAAAUCCUUUGGAUGUAAUAUUAUUUAAUGUAACGGAUGCAAAAAUGAAUAGUGUAGCAAAAAAGUAGCACUAUUGUGAUUGGAAAACUUAGUUAAAAAAUUUUAUUGAUCUUGACCCCUUUACAGUCAAUUAAUUUGACUCAUAUUUUGGGAUCUCGGUGAGACUGAGGUUCCUAGAUUGGUCUUUUAGAUCUAUUGGCGAAAACAAAGCUGGAAAAAGUUAUGCCAUUUCUAAGAAAGUUUGCAAGUUGACGGACAAAUGGCUAGAUUGAACAAUGAAAUUAUAAAAUUGGAAGUAGUUUGCUACGCUGCGCUGCUUAUGUAAAGAAAUACCGAUGCUACAGUCAUCGAUAAAUGUGCCGAAAAUAAUACUCCCGAUAUGCUUUCCGGAGUUUUUCGAAAUUAAUAGCGAAUAGCGAACUUGGUUGGACACAUUAGUAUGUGUAUCGGUGAUUCUUACUUGCAGGUGAGAUUUAUGUUAUGUUGCGACGACUUAUCAUAUUUGCUGCCAAAAUAGUAGAUCUUUUAUGAUACAAGCAAAGAUGUUUAAUACAGAUAUAUAAGCGAAAUAAAUUGCGAAACAGACUUUAUUAUGAUGUUUAGUGAAAUACAUAUUUUAUCGUUCAAGAUAUUUGCAUUUCUGGACUUUUACAUUUAAAUUAGGUCAGUUUUAACAACAACUUUAUGCACUAGUGCGACCAAAUUCGCUAUAAGUUUAAAGCUAAGCAACCGUUUAAAACCGCCAUCUCACGUAGAUGAGAUUAAUUCGAUAUAGGAUUUUUUGAUCCCUUUUAAACAUGAAACUUUUUCGAUAGAACGAGGAAGACAAGUUCAUAGAUAUCAUCAAAUGACUUAAGAGUGCGAAUCGAAAUUCAUUAAUUUAUGUUUUAGAACAUUUUAAUUCAAGUAGAAAUGUCAUAAUGUUUCGUGGAAUGUUGCUCUAGAGUGUAGAUACGAGAAUCAGUUCGAAUGCAAAGUUCAGCCUCAUGUGAAGCUUAAAUCGAAUCCGCGUCAGACGAGGCAUUUCUCGUGGCUCGUAGAAUAUUUUAUUUCUGUAUCGGAAUUAGAAAAAAAACACCCAAGGAUAAUGCGUCUCGAUUUUUACCUCUGUCCCUCAUGUUCGACGAAAGUAUCAUGUGUUCUUGUAUAUAAAGAGAUACCUGUCUAUCUUACCUGUCUACGCGAACUCUUUUCUAACUUUCGCAAGAGUGAAGAGAGAGAGAGAGAGAGAGAGAGAGAGAGAGAGAGAGAGAGAGAGAGACUCCUCUUUUCCUUUUUAUUUUAUAAUGUUUGUGCACCAUAAUGGGGUACAACACCCAGGUGCCGCACUAAGAUUCCUCCUCGUAUCGUUCUCAGUCAGGGUACAAAAUGUCGCGCGCAUCUAUCAAUGUUUAAUUUGUACAUAAGUUCGACGCGAUUAAAUCCUAUUGUAUUCAAUCAUUGUCUAGGUGCGUUUAAGGGAACUUCGUUUCUGUACAUAGAAUAAAAUGACGUUUAUGAUGAAAA